CUCCGCUGAGUUGAGAGAAGUCCGGACGGAGCAGAGAACGUGUGAAGAAGCUUCGGGUCCAACAUGUGUCUCCGUCUGUCCUCUGUCCUCCACACGAGCACCGAGUGACCCGAACACCCCCCCCCCCCUGGUUCCUCCGAGCAGCUCCCGGACACAAUGCUGGCGUCGCGUCGGCUCCUCUGCGGCUCAGACUCGGGGAAACAAACCUCGUAGUGUCGGUGGAUCCUCCGGAGAUGGAAGAGUAGCUGUUCCUGUGUCAGCGACCGAGCCUCCGUUGAAAAGCACUUUGAAGAACAACACACGAGGUCUACGAUGACGGCUGGGGACAUGUUUCCUUUGGUUUUGAUCGUCCUGGUCCUUCGCUGUUCUUGCGUGGAAGGUGAGGCCAGCGCGGGAGACUUUGUAUGUUUGUGCGACGGACCGUCUUGUAGCAGUGGGGACAGGUGUUUCGGCCAGCAGUGCUUCACCUCUCUCUCAGUACUGAACGGGACAUCAGUCCUUGAGAAGGGCUGCAUUGUGGGUAGUGAAUUGUCCCUGCGCUGUGGAAGCCCGCCGUCUCCUGAGCUGCUGGUCGAGUGCUGCAGUGGGGACUUGUGUAACAUGAACGUCACUUUGCAGUCACUGGUGAAAGAUACAGAACUGUCUGCUGGCAGACCAGUCCUCAGAGAGCAGGAGUGUGUGUGUCAGGGCGGCGUGUGCGAGCGUGACCGCCGCUGCACAGGGCAGCAGUGUUUCUCCUCUCUGAAGAUGAUUGAUGGGGGGGCCGUCCAACAGAAGGGCUGCCUGAGGGACGACGAAGAGGGCAGAACCACCUGUGCCAUGCCACCCUCGUCGGCCCAUGUUGUCAAGUGCUGCCAGGGCCAUCUGUGUAACAUGAAUGUCAGCGUGCAGGCUCUGGGGAAAGAGGAGGAGGUGAAGGCCCUGAGCAAACAGGAGCACGAGUGUGUGUGUGAAGGCAGCUCGUGUGUGACAGGCCGUCGCUGCAUGGGCCACCAGUGUUUCUCCUCUCUGACGGUCAAUGGCGGCUCCCUGGUGUACCAGAAGGGCUGCUUUAAGGUUUACGAGCAGAGCACAUUGACCUGUAAGACCCCACCUUCCAGAGACCAGAUUGUGGAGUGCUGCCAAGGGCCCCUGUGUAACAUGAACAGCACUGUGGCGCUGCCUGUCAAAGCCGAAGAGGUGUCAAGCUAUAGCGUGACCACACUGGUUGUAGUCAUCGUGGCACCCAUCAUCGUCCUCAUCGUCCUCUCUGCUGUCGCCAUCCUGGUGUUCAGACGCAUCCACAACAACCAAAUGGAGAGGCUUACAUCACGAGAUGCUGAGUAUGGGACCAUCGACGGCCUCAUAGCAUCGAACGUCGGGGAGAGCACUCUGGCGGAUUUGCUGGAUCAUUCCUGCACUUCAGGCAGCGGCUCAGGACUCCCAUUCCUUGUUCAGAGAACCGUUGCUCGACAAAUUACACUCAAUGAGUGUGUGGGUAAGGGCCGUUACGGUGAAGUGUGGAGGGGUCAGUGGCAGGGGGAAAGCGUCGCGGUCAAAAUCUUCUCCUCCAGAGACGAGAAGUCCUGGUUCCGAGAGACUGAGAUCUACAACACGGUGCUGCUGAGACACGAGAACAUCCUGGGCUUCAUAGCUUCAGACAUGACCUCGAGGAACUCCAGCACUCAGCUCUGGCUCAUCACUCACUUCCACGAGAUGGGCUCCCUGUACGACUACCUUCAACUCAGCACCCUGGACGCGUCCAGCUGCCUCCGCAUGGCUCUUUCCAUCGCCAGCGGCUUGGCACAUCUCCAUGUCGAGAUCUUCGGCACACAGGGCAAACCGGCGAUCGCCCACCGAGACCUCAAGAGCAAAAAUAUACUGGUUCAAAAGAACGGCCAGUGCUGCAUCGCUGAUCUCGGCCUGGCAGUCAUGCAUUUCCAAGACACCAAUGAGCUGGAUGUGGGGAACAACCCUAAAGUGGGCACAAAGCGCUACAUGGCCCCCGAGGUGCUGGACGACUCCAUCCAGAUGGACUGCUUCGAGUCCUACAAGAGGGUAGACAUCUGGGCGCUGGGCCUCGUCCUGUGGGAGAUCGCCAGGAGGACCGUCAGUAACGGCAUCGACGAGGACUACAAACCACCUUUUCAUGACGUGGUCCCAAGUGAUCCCAGUUUCGAGGACAUGAAGAAGGUUGUGUGUGUGGAUCAGCAGAGACCCAACAUCCCAAAUAGAUGGUUCUCAGACCCAACUUUAACCUCCAUGGCCAAACUCAUGAAGGAGUGCUGGUACCAGAAUCCAUCAGCCAGAUUAACGGCGUUACGCAUCAAAAAGACUCUCACAAAGAUCGACAACUCCCUGGACAAAAUCAAAACAGACAUUUGAGUCUGCCGGGAGAAGACGAGAGUGGACAUUUGCGAAAGACCUUUUGAAGACAUCCAGAGGGUGGACCAGCCUGGAGAAAUGUCAGGAAUUAAAAAGACUUGGAUGGGUCCGGUGCCCUUAUAGUGGCACAGACCUGUAUUUAUUAAAAAACACUUGGCGGGGGACAAAUUUUGGCAUCCAAAGAUGGUUUACCGGGCAUUCCUUAGACUGCAAGUGGUCUUGGAAAUAGGAAAAAUAUCUACUCUACUUAUAACACUGUUAGAAAUGUUCUUCAAGGAAGAAAAACUGUUACCUGGGCAUUUGAGUAGGUUUGCAUUUGUUAGAACCACAGAUUUGUUUUGUUAAAAAAAUGUCAGAACGUAGAAGCAGUUUCACUUUAUCUCUGUAAUUGUGCUGCAUUGUUUGUUUGAUUAAUGGUGAAUUCAUUUGGAAAAGAGGUCCACUUGCCAAUUGAACUUGCCAAUUUAUCCAGCGUACUCUCUGAAACAAAUCAAAGUAGUGUUAUGUUUUACUUAGUGAGUCAUGCACCGUUGUUUACUACGCUGUCAGAACAAGUUACUCUGGAUCUCGACAAUCCUGUAACAUCUAGUCCAACGGCUUCUUCUCCUGAUAUAUAUAUAUAUGGUCCAGUCCAAGAUACUCUGUUGCAGACUUUUUGUAUAUCACCAUGGAUUUUACAUUGAAUUAUAUUACCUGUUCUAUGUUUUGUUCUCUACAGCUUUACAGACACAAAUGCUAAAAGAACAAAUAAAAUAUCUACUAGACAAUGCUGAACUCUCCAGAGGCCUGUAAGUAAGCCUGUAAAGCCUGUAUACUGUCUUAACGCGUGCAUUGUGGUCUUAAUGCAUUGUCAAGUAAAUGAAGUCAAACUUCAGCCUUUUUUUAUUUCUUUAACAUUUUAUAUCAAUUAGCGAUUUAUAUUAAUUAAAUAGAAAAACAAUGUAUUUCACUUGUGUCAUUUGUCUUGAUGCUGUGUGUAGUAGGUUGUUGCUGUUAGCAACCAUGUGAGUGACGUGGCUGCAGAGACGAUGCUUCUGUCAAUUAAUACAACACUUUGGUCCAUAAUCAUGUAUUUAAACUGCGUUUGGAUUUGCAGUCGGAGUUUGUAUGAUUUUGGUUUUGAGUGAAAUAUUUUAACUACUUAAUGGGUCACUUAGGAACUUGUGUACAUAUUCAGUACCACCAUUAUUAGCAUUUACAGUUCUACUUGGUGUUUAGUGCUAAUUAGCAAAUGUUGGUGUGCUAACCAGCUUUUCUACGAUGGAGAACCCCGACAAAAAAUACCGUCUAAAUGUCUAAUAUCUAAAAGUGUGUUUGCAUCGUAGCUGCUUUGAGCUAAAUGCCAACACACCAUCAUUUAGCUCAAAGUGCCACUAUACCUGAGGCUGUAGUGUGGCUGUGGACCAUAGACUGUUUGUUAAGAUGGACGACAUGAUGACUCCCCCAAACUGAAGCCAAAGCUUAUCGUUCACCACCUGAUGGUUGGCUGCAGUAUAGGUCGUACACCUUGUUUCCUCCAUGUUUGCAGAUUGGACAUGGAGCAAACUAAAAAGUAAAAGUACAGGUUGAAUACAUUUUUUUCAAAGGUGGUUGCUGUCAUUUAGGUGGUUCUGUUUGGUUAAAUGCUCAUUUAAUAAGUUCAGUAAGUUUGGAUUUAAAUACUUGAUUUUACCAAAACGGAGUAAAACAUCAUGGUUGACAGCUGAGACUGACUAACGAUUGGUUGUGUGUAUGGGCUGGACCUCGCUAACCUGAUCGCUACUCCAAAUCAUGUCUACGGCACAAGAUGGCAGUGCCGGUAUCUGGGAUAUUUUGGCUUCAUUUCUGAAUAGUGGGAGGAAGAGGAGACACCUCGUCCACCUUCAUCACACAGACUAUGCUGGGAGCCUUUAUUUAGACAAACUCGGUGUGUUUGAGUGUCUUUGCACAUUUCAAUUAAGGUUCCUGGACUUUGGCAUUAAAAUGCUAUUAUUGCAUCUUUAACUUA